AUGCCGCCUCCGCCUCACAUCAAGCCUGAAAAUGUCCUCAAGAGGGCUCAGGAACUCAUCGCCGUGGGCCAGGCCCCCGCCGCCCUCAACGUCCUUCACGAACAUGUUACCUCCAAGCGGACGCGCAGCAGCCCCAUCGUCUCCCUUGAGCCGGUGAUGCUCCUCUUCGUCGAGCUGUGCGUCGAUCUUCGCAAGGGCAAGGCCGCCAAGGAUGGUCUCUACCAGUACAAGAACAUCGCCCAGAACACCAACGUCGGAACGAUCGAGGUUGUUCUCAAGAAAUUCAUCGAACUCGCCGAAAAGAAGGUCACCGAGGCUCAGGCCAAGGCCGAUGAGAUCCAGUCUUCUCUUGAGUCCGCCGCCCCUUCCUCCAACGUCGAGGACCUGGAAGCCAUCGAGACCCCUGAGACCAUCCUGCUCGCCACUGUCUCCGGUGAGCAGUCUCGUGAUCGUACUGACCGUGCCGUCGUGACCCCCUGGCUCAAGUUCCUGUGGGAGACCUACCGCACCGUGCUCGAGAUCCUCAAGAACAAUGCCCGUCUCGAGGUCAUGUACCAGACCACCGCCCUGCAGGCCUUCCAGUUCUGCCUCAAGUACACCCGUAAGACCGAGUUCCGCCGUCUUUGCGAGUUGCUCCGCAACCAUGUCCAGAACGCCGCCAAGUACUCCGCUCAGAUGCACGCCAUCAACCUCAGCGACCCGGACACCCUCCAGCGCCACCUGGACACUCGUUUCCAGCAGCUGAAUGUCGCCGUCGAGUUGGAGCUGUGGCAGGAGGCCUUCCGCAGCAUUGAGGAUAUCCACACCCUCCUCAGCCUGAGCAAGCGUCCCGCCAAGAACGUCAUGAUGGCCAAUUACUACGAGAAGCUGGCUCGCAUCUUCCUCGUCAGCGAGAACUACCUCUUCCACGCUGCCGCUUGGAGCCGUUAUUACAACCUCCUCCGCCAGUCCGCCGCCACCCUGGCUGCCGGUCAGGGCACCAAGAAGGAGAACCCCUCCGUGACCGAGGCCGACAUGACCAAGGCCGCCUCCUUCGUCCUGUUGUCCGCCCUCUCUAUCCCCGUCAUCAGCACCUCCCGCUCCCGUGGCGCCCUGGUGGAUGUGGAUGAAGUUCGCAAGAACAAGAACACCCGCCUCACGAAUCUGUUGGGUAUGGCCCAGCCCCCCACUCGUGCCGUUCUGUUCAAGGAUGCCCUGAACAAGGGUAUGCUGAAGCGCGCCCGCCCUGAGAUCCGGGACCUCUACAACAUCCUCGAGGUGGACUUCCACCCCCUGUCCAUCUGCAAGAAGAUCACCCCCAUCCUCAAGCAGAUCGGUGCCGACCCCGAGAUGGAGAAGUACGUCCUGCCUCUGCAGCAGGUUAUCCUCACCCGUCUCUUCCAGCAGCUUUCCCAGGUCUACGAGUCCGUCGAGCUGAAGUUCGUCUACGAGCUCGCUCAGUUCCCCGACCCCUUCCAGAUCACCCCCUCCAUGAUCGAGAAGUUCAUCAUGAACGGCUGCAAGAAGGGCGAUCUCGCCAUCCGUGUCGACCACACCGCCGGUGUCCUCACCUUCGACACCGAUGUCUUCUCGUCCGCCAAGGCUCUGCACGCCGGCAGCGCCGCUGGAUCGGCCGAGAGCGAGAUCGGCUCCGUUCAGCGUCUGCAGAACACCCCCGCUGAAAUUGCUCGCCUGCAGCUCACUCGCCUGGCCAAGACCCUUCACAUCACCUGCAUGUACGUCGACCCCUCGUACAGCGAGGCUCGUCUGGAGGCCAAGCGUGCCGCUCACGCCCGCGCUGAGGCCGGUGCUGCCAAGGAGCACGAGGAGACCUUGGCGCGCCGUGUCAUCAUCGAGAAGAAGAAGGAGGCGGCUACCGACGCUCUGCAGCGCAAGCAGCGCGAGGAGGAGACUCGCAAGCGCAUCCGCACCCAGCAGCUCCAGGAAGCCGAGAAGCAGCGUCUGCUCGACGAGCAGCGCGAGCGUGAGAAGAAGCGCAUUCAGGAUGAGCAGGAACGCAUCCGCCAGCAGGAGUUGAAGAAGCAGCUGGAGGAGCUGAAGACCGGCGUCAAGGGUAUCGACAUCAGCGAGCUCGACCUGAGCGAGCUUGACGCCAACCGCCUCCGUGCCAUGAAGCUGGCUCAGCUCGAGAAGGAGAAGAACGAUCUGAACGACCGCGUCCGCACCACUGCCAAGCGUAUUGACCACCUGGAGCGUGCCUUCCGCCGUGAGGAAUUGAAGCACAUCCCCGCCGACUAUGAAGCUCAGAAGAAGAGCGACAUGGAGAUCUACGAGGCCAACAAGGCCGAGACCCUCAAGGAGGCCGAGGACAAGCACAAGGAGGCCGUUGCGCUCAAGCACCGUCUCAGCCGCCUGGUGCCCCAGUUCAACAGCUUCCGCAAGGAGGUCUCGGAGAAGCGCCACGAGGAGUUCGAGAAGCGCCGCAAGGCUGCUGAGCGUGACUUCGAGGCCAAGAAGAAGCAGCGUAUCAAGGAGGUGCAGGAGCGCAGACGCCGCGAGAGAGCUGAGCGCGAGGAGGAAGAGCGCCGCCGCCAGGAGGAGGAAGAGCGUGCCAGACGCGAGGAGGAGGAGAGAGCCGCCAAGGAAGAGGAGCGUCGCCGCGUCCUGUCCGAGGAGAAGGUUAAGCGUGAGGAAGAGAGACGGAGACUGGAUGACCUUGCCGCCAAGCAGAAGCAGCGCGAGGAGGAAGCGGAAGCUCGCCGUGCCGCUCGCCGGACCGGUGCUCCUGAGCCCGAGCCUGCGGCUCCUGCUCCUACCACUGAGCGCACUGCUCCUCGUCUCAAUCUCGCGCCUCGCACUGGUGGUGGUCCUAGCUGGAGAGAGCGUCAGGCCGCUAAGGAGGCUGCUGGCUCCGGCCCCGCCGCCCCUGCUGCUGCCCCUGCCGCCCCCGAAGCCGCCCGGGAGGAGCCCCAGCCGCCGCGCAGAACCGGUGGUGGUUACGUGCCCCCUCACCUCCGUGCGGGCUCUAACGCCGCUCCUGCUGCGCCUUCGACGGAGCGCUACGUUCCCCGCAUGCGCGAGGCCGGCUCAUCCCAGCCCCCCGCCCGCCGGGAGGCGCCCGCUGAGCGGACGGAGGAGUCCAAGCCCGCCGCCGGCAAGUGGGUCCCCAGAUGGAAGCAGCAGCAGGGCGGCCAGUAA